AUGGCCCAGGCGCUUUCCCGACGUGUGGUUGUUGACGAUACCAGCCCGGAUAUCUCGUACUCAGGUCCGUGGUUUCAGGACCAAGGGAGCCAGAACACUAUAGGCUUUGCUGGAUUUGCGUACAAGAGCACACUACAUGGGACCAAGUCGAACGCUAGCCUCUCAUUGCCCUUCAGUGGCUCGCAAGUGCAGGUCCUUGGAACCAACCGAAUGCUUAAUGACUCGGGAAUCAUCGACCCGACAUGGGAGUGCUUCAUUGACAACAUCAGCAUCGGCUCCACUCCUCCUAGCCCCGUAUCAGCAAAUCGCUGGCUAUUUUGCGAGCAGCUUUCAUUGCUCGACGGCCCCCAUGUGCUUACCCUCAACGCAACGAUCCGAAUUAAUCAAACCUUUUGGUUCGACACGAUCGAAUAUGUUCCAUCUCCAGGCGUAUCCCUGGAAAACAAAGCCAUCGGAAUUGACUCGCUCGAUCCUCAAGUCCUCAGGUCCUUCGACUCCAGGUGGUCAAAUAUUGGCGAUUUCGCGAAUAUGACUAGGCAGGACAAUGCGUUGUUCAGCUUCGAUUUCUAUGGCGAAUCCUUGGGUUGGUAUGGCUUCAUUCCAACCGAGUUACCCCAUGUCGCAGCACCCGCCUCAUUUUCCGUUGACGGUGAAGAGCCCCAUAAUUUCAUGAUACGAGCCAUCCCGGCUGAUUCUCAGAGCGUGUACAACCAACUCUUCUUCCAAACCGACACGUACCCAAACGGGCAGCACAACCUCCGCGUUCUGUUCCACGGAAACUCAACGACUACACCACUCACUCUCGACUACCUGAUUAUACAAAAUGGCACGACAACGGCGUCGUCUUCUCCAUCGCCUACGGUCUCUAGCACGUUCCCUGUCAGUAAUGGCGCGCCUUCCAACGUCGGCGCUAUUGUGGGAGGUGUGGUCGGCGGCUUUGCGGUUGUCGUCUUGUUAGUGCUCCUAUACAUCUAUCGCCGACGGAAACGAAGAGGAGAACAGCGCAACGAACAAGAAAUAUCGCAAACAGUCCAACCAUUUCUCUUCCCUGCUCCUCAACCGACACUCUCAACAAGUUCUGCUUCCCCUUCAUCUUGCACCCAAGAUCCCAAAUGUCAAUGUGGUGGUGUUCACUACACUGGUGGCCUCCAUCCUCCGUUAUUCGUCUCGGAUACUUCUACUUCAUCACGAAAGCCGCCUGAGCCGUCAGAAGCAAGCUCAUCACAGCGCCCAUCCACUCCCUCGCGAAGUUCUAGGCGGGACGGUAACCGGCCCGAUCCUCGUCCUCGGAUAGAAGUACCACCGAGAUACACACCACUUUAG